CUAUGGGGACAUAAUAUCCGUGUGUAUCAGGCGAGGAUUCAUUCUGCAGGGUAUGAAACGCCUUCGCUUGUCUGAAAAACGAGCUAAGAUCCUGGGGAUUGCAAGUGAUCAGAUCCCACUGUUUUGUAGAACAGGUUGCUUUGGACCCCCGAAUUCUCACAAGUCGGCUCUUGGCCCUCCUCCUACUGAGCUACCCUAUCCUUGCUUCUUGAUGCAGAUGAGGAAAGAAAAUGCAAGUCACCAGGUUGCAAGCUUACUGAAAGGGUUGGCGGAUGAGCUGGCAGAACAGGGGUUAAUCGGAGAUGUGCGCAGCAGGCCUCUCCCUGAUGCUGAGUUUGAGAUUCCAUCCUGUUUCCAUGUGGCUCCCUACGCUGAUAAAAUGCUGCAGGCUUUAGGAGGAGCUCUCAGUACCGUGCCCCAGGCUGCCAAUCUGACCCUGGACGCACUGUACAAACAUAGCUUCGUGUCCAACCCCGAACUCGAGCAAGUCGUUGUUCUCACGCUAACGGGGCGCAGUGCCAUGAGGACUGCUGGGAGCUGCCUGCGGGACCUCCUACGCCCUGUGUCAAACACAUUGCACAGCCUGUCAGGUGACAGUAAGGUGAAUGGAGGCUUUGAGCUACUGGGGUUGAAAUGGCUGCCACAUCUGAGCCGAAGCCAGGCCAAGGAGCUGACCCCGUACGAGGUGGGCGAUAGACAUUGGCAGGAAAGCAUCGACUGCCUUGUAUCCAGUCCAGCACUAGUGUGUGUGCUACGGCGUGUAGAUGCCUUCGAUGCAUUGGCUGCAAUCCUCACUGCAACCAAAGUCAGGGGCAGUCUGCUCAAGGAAAACAUUGACAACCUGGAGAAAGUGAUGUCACCAACCCCAGAGCUGGCCUUCAGACAAGCUGCUUUGUGCUUCACUGACAAGGAACUGAUAUCAGAUCCGAGCGCACGGCCUCUCCUGAAGUACCUGUCUCCCUCUCUGAGGUCAGGGAUCACUGUCUCGGGUAAUGAAGCCGAAACUGUCGACGUGGAGUCCAUCUUCAGCUACAUGCUUCUUGGACCCCAGCCUUUGUUAACAGUACUGGUUAUCAAACCCUCCAUGUGGUCAAAUCAUCUCCCCAAGAUACUCCGUAAACUGGAUCUAGAGCACUUCCGUGUUGUUGGGUUGAAACUUGUCACCUUGGACAUGGAGAGAGCUUCACUCCUGACUCCGCACAGCAUUCGGCAGGAACCAGAACUAGUGCAAUCCAGCAUUGAUUCCCUGAUCUCUGGUCCUUCAGUCGUUCUGUGUCUUCAACGAGAUAAUGCUGUGAAAAAGCUGCUUGACUUGCUUGGCCCUGAAGAUCCCCAAAAGGCCAGAAGCCUGAACCAGUUCCUUUGGCGGGGUCACUGGGGUACAGACUUGGUCCACAAUGGUUUCUAUGGUUCCUCAUGCUUUGCAAAUGCAGUCCGGGAUGUGAGGGCAUUUUUUCCUGAAGGAAUUUGCUGCGAGGAGUCACAAAUGAUGAAGGCUGAGAAGAUUGGCAGUAAUGCAAAAGACUGGCUCAUUAGCCUGGAGUUCCCACCAAGACGCAAGUUGGUCAAGUCUGUAGCCCUCACUCAUUUGGAUUCCGGAGCACCCAGUGGGAACCAACAGCAAGACCUGCUGAUGCCCAGAGCUCUGCGACAGACCAUGUGCGUGCUGCUGGCCUCUCCCCUCAUCAGAAGGUGCCACCACCCACCCUACAUUGAAGUGUUGGACCAGCUGGGGAGCUGUGGGUUCCAGGUGACGGGGUCAAGGAUGAGCAUCCUGGACCAGUUGCAGGCUCAGCACGUGGCAAAGCUCAUCGCCGUGGACAGUAUCUCGGCCACGUGCGAGCUGCUGACGAGUGGCCCCUGUCUGAUACUGGCUCUGGAGAGAGAUAACGGGGUCUGCUGCUUUGGUCCACUGCUGAAUAGCCUCGACUGGGAAAAACUGAACCUCCAGGAUUGCCUGCAACAUUUCAUCUACCCGAGGACUGAGUUGCAGGUGGAACGGUUGCUCAGCUGUCUGUUUGACACCCUCGCCCCUCACAGCGUUGACCGGAUUGUGCUGCAGGACUGUGGGCCCUCUCCAGGGACGGCACCAUCACUGCCACAGCUCCAGCCUGCAACACCAUCAGUUGCUGCUGAUCCGAGGAAUAGGCAAGUGGGCAAAGCAGAAGCAACAUAAACCUUCCUUCUCAAGCUUUCCAGUAUUUUCAUAUUUGAAUUAUUUUUCUUUUUUCCCAUAUUUAUUAUUCUGUAAUCGUUCAUUAACCAGGCAAUGAAAGAGCCUGGAUAGAGUAACUUGUCAAUGUUUCGUUGGGUCUGCUCAUGUUCACCAGUGCUGCUUGUGUCUCAGUAUCUGCAUCCCCACAGCCUCUCUCCCCAGUGAGCUCCUGGGGUAAAGCACAUCCUUCUCCCUCGCAGCUGGCAGAGUGCGCUCACUGGGCUUGGUACAACAUGACCAGCUCAGGCAGCUCUCCUGGAUAAUAACCGAUGAAUGAGUUUAUCCAGUAAACACAAAGACUGGAUCCCCAGCCACCUGUGGAUUCUGUGUGGAGAACGUUAGAUCCAACGUUUCCUAACAUGGAGAAAAGACAGAGACAGGAAUCCAAUGAACAGCUCCAACAUCUUCGGGCAAAGGUCCUUGUGAGCUCAGCAGCAACAAGAUCACAAAACCCUACCGUUCAGUUUGUGAAUAAUGGGCUUUCUCAUUCGGCCUGAUUCGAGGAACAGUGCUCACCCAACACCCCGAGUUCAAUGUUGAUGAUUGAUGGUCAACACCAAUCUCAAUGGGAACAAAGCAAGCAGUGGGGUGAGAGUUUGUAUUCGGUACAAAGUGCCAUUGCCUCUGUAGAGGGUAUUACACAGCCGAUCAACCACUGUAAACAGCAGCCUCGUACACUGAGGCAGAGCCCAUUUCACAACUCAACAUGGUGCUUGCACUUUCAUUGUAUUGUACAAAGCUUAUUUUGUUCUAGAUUUAAUAUCUUACAGCUGAAGCCCCAACUGAAACAUAGAUGUUACUGGCAUCUUGCACGGAAAUGAUAUAACUUGGUGCAAAUGAUUCAAUGCCUUGUGUUGUUAUCUCAGGCAGAAA